UGCACAGAGUGCUUUUUGACAAUUAAUUAACACGAAAACAUCUUUACUAACCGCCGGAAAGCUGGAGAGAGAGAAAGAAGAAACACCGAUGGAUACGCAACACAACACAGUCUAUACGAUGAGAUCACACUUGAAGCUUUAGAACCAACCAACCAUAAACUAAAACAAAACAAAAACAUCCUCAAAAUGCAAAGCCCAGGAACAACACAACCUCCAUGGUCUUCUUCUUCACUCUCAUUUCUCUCAUCAACCUUAUUCAGAGACCGUAAACCAAAACCAAUCAUCUACACUUUCCUUGUCAUCUCUCUCUUCUCCAUCCUCCUAAUCCUCUAUCUUUCCUCUUCCUCCCCUUCCCAAACCCACACCCGACCCGACCCAUUUCUCUACCCGACUCACCAAACCCACCGCAUCAUCUUCGACCAAGAUAAAACCGCCCCUCCACCUCCUUCCAUAGCAUACCUCAUCUCCGGGUCAAAAGGUGAUUCGGGUCGGAUCUUACGGUUACUAUCUGCAACCUAUCACCCACUCAAUCACUACCUUCUUCACCUUGACCCUUCUGCCCCUCAUUCAGAUCGUGAAAAUUUGGCUCUUGUUCUUCAGUCUAAUCCCAUUUUCAAAGCUGCACAGAAUGUUCAUGUUAUGGGAAAACCUGAUUUUGCUUAUGCAAAAGGGUCUUCUCCGGUUUCCUUUACUCUUCAUGCUGCUUCCAUUUUGAUUCGUUUGUCUCUUAAUUGGGAUUGGUUUGUUAGCCUCAGUGCUGAUACUUACCCUCUUGUUACUCAAGAUGAUCUUCUCCACAUCCUGUCUUUUCUGCCUAAAGAUAUGAACUUUGUGAAUCAUUCAAGCUAUAUUGGGUGGAAAGAGUUGAAGAAGUUGAAACCCAUUAUUGUUGAUCCUGGUUUGUAUCUUUCUGAAGGGACUGAAAUGUUUUACGCUACUCAGAAAAGGGAACUCCCUAGUGCUUACCACUUGUUUACAGGUUCAUCUUUUUCUAUUUUAAGUCGUAAUUUUAUGGAGUUUUGCAUUUGGGGUGUAGACAACCUCCCAAGGAUUCUAUUGAUGUAUUUCUCAAACACACCAUCAUCGCUGUCCAACUAUUUCCCUACCGUUCUCUGCAAUUCUCGCCAGUUCAACAAAACUGUCAUAAAUCAGGACUUGUUAUAUGGUAUUUAUGACAGUCAUAAAAAUGAUCUUCGACCAUUGAACUCAACGGAUUUUGAUGACAUGAUUCGUAGUGGAGCCGCCUUUGCUAAAAAAUUCCAUCCAGAUGAUCCCAUGCUUGAUCUCAUCGACCAAAAAGUAUUGGACCGAAGUCCUGGAUCGGUUGUUCCUGGUGGUUGGUGUUUAGGUGAGCCUGGGAACAACACAUGUUUAACUUGGGGUGAUGCUAGUAUCUUGAGACCUGGUAUAGGUUCUCAACGGCUCGAGAAAGCAAUUGUUGAACUGUUGUCAAAUGGCACUUUCCGAUCUCGGCAGUGUAUAUAGGAAUGAUCUUUCUCUAGCAUGAUGUCAUGUCACACAAUGUAACAGAAUAGGAAAAGAAACUCAAAAGGAAAUGUAAGAAAUAUAAGAAUCAAUUGCUCUGUGUUUGGUGUAUUUAGCAGAAAUCUAGCAAGUUAGGUAUGAUUAUUAAAUGUAUUAGCACAAUUGAAGUUUUGCUAAUUCUGAUUGAUGUUUUAUAAUUUAAUGUGGGAUUGUGGUUGUC